AUGACGUGUGCCGCGAUCGUAACUCUCGUCGCCGUUGUCUUGGUGGGGUUUCUCUUGACGGCAUCCGCCCAAACCACCUGCUCGGCCAUCGAAGAAAACACUGACUACGAUGGCAACGACAUCAAACAAACCAAACGUGCGAGUGCCGGUAAUUGCUGCGCCGACUGCGUCAACACGCCAGGGUGCACGGUGUACACGUGGGAAAAGGUUGGCACGUCUGGUCUAUGCUAUCUGAAAACGAAACCAGCCAACCGAGUGUACUUUCUUGGCUCCCGCUCGGCCAAACUCGUCUUGCCGUCUGCCACGUGCACGACGAUCCAAGAAAACACCGACUUGCCAGGCAACGACCUCGCUCCCACGCCAGCCCCUACACCUGCACCUACUCCUGCACCUACUCCAUCCCCAACUCCUGUACCCACUCCAGCUCCAACCCCAGCACCUACCCCGACUCCUGCGCAAUGCGGAGCAAUUCUUCCCAACACCGACUUGAUUGGGAACGACAUCGUAAUUCUCGAGCUGUCGACGACAGACCUAUGCUGUGUGGCGUGUACGUCAACAUCGGGCUGCGUGGCAUUCGUGUGGGUCCUUCGCAGCGGUGUUGGCACGUGCAUUCUCAAGAGCUCGAAGGGGACGCCUACAACGUUCGCUGGCGCGAGUGCAUCGUAUUUGAUAGUUCCAACACCAGCUCCGACGCCGUCACCGUGCUCGGUUAUCGAGUACGAUGUCGACUACGCCGGCUACGACAUCUUGUUUACUUCUCGCGCUGACUUCAUGGAUUGCUGCGGCGAUUGCCAAGUCACCGUGGGUUGUUCCGUAUUCGUGUGGAGCCCCGAGUUCGGGGGAAGAUGCUACUUGAAGAGCAAGAAGGGGACCGUGUCGCGGUAUGUCGGAUCUCGCGCGGGGGUGCUUCCUCUCGUCGGCGCUGCCACCAUCAUUUCAAAUGUGACAGCGGGGUUGUAUGGAAUCAACUCGCUUCCACCGAACGCCUUCAACUAUAUAGCAGGCGCUCAGUGGAUUGAUCAGUCGACAUUGGCUGCUGUGAACGCACAGGUCGAGACAUUUGUUGCUGCCAAUGUCGCCAACAAUUUCUCGCAUGCGUCAAGUCCAGUCGACAUCGCCACCAUCAAUAUUGCCUUGUCCAUGACAGUCUAUAUCAACGUGACGUCCGCUGGCGAGUGCGCCGACAUGACGGCCACGUACAAGAACAACUUUUUCACGUACUGGCCGACCAAACUGUACUGCAUCAUCCACCUUCACACUGCCGCGACAACGCUGCAAAUGAUUACAGCGACCGGACAAGCCAUCACGUUCCCGCAAGACUCGGACCCAGCAUACCUCAGUGCGGCUCUCAACAACGUCGCCACCAACGCCGAUUGCAUCCAGGCGUGCAGAGUCAAAGGCAACUGCGCUGGUGUCGAGUACGUCAGUGCGACGAAGACGUGCAGCUUAUACAAACCGCAACCCGCGACGUUCUCGGACGUUGUCGCGGGAUGGGUGUACGAUCCCGUGUCGAACGUAGACAGCGGCGGCAUCCAGUACUCGCAGAUGACCAUGUCGGCGCUUCCCGCCAGGUAUGUCAAGGAGUCGAUCCCCGCGGUCGCCUCGCUGCAAGCAUGUGCGUCGUCGGCCAAGACCAAGGCGAACACGCUGUUUGGCUACAACGCCAACUCCAAAGUGUGCGUGAUGUACGCGCCGACUGCCAGCGCCACUAACCAACUGAGCCUCGUCAACACGCCUCUGGUCCCCGUGCUGCUGGCGGGGACAUUCGGCAGCGACGUGGUCAGCGGAGCCAUGACGGCUUCGACCGCGUCCGACUGCUACAAGUUGUGCAAGAAGGCUCCAUUGGACCAAACGGCAGAGUACUACUCCGGUGCCCAAGCAGUCAAGGACGUACUCAAGUCGAUCCUUGUCGCCGAAGCGACCAAAGUCCCCAAGGUCACCGCGCACUAUGCCGACUAUUUGCUUGACCCGAGCGGAGAUCAUUUUCUGCACGUCGCCACUGGCCGCAUCACGGCCGAACUGCUCGAUUCAGAUGCUCUCUUUGGCUCAUGUGUGUCCCAGGUCCCGUACCUUGGGUACCAGCGUUGGAUGGACUCGGUCAACAUGAACAACCCGGAGAGGUCGGCCCAGCGCGCGAUGUGGCUGGGCUUGGGAGCUGGUAUUCUAAGCCAGUAUUCGCGCGAGACAUGGUCGGACCAUUCGAUGUCCCUGGGCCGAACGUACACGGGGUCGUUAUUGACGAAGGUUACCCCUUGUGCAUUCUAA